ACAACGUGACGGCAAUAGUCGCGGACGAUCGAUUCUCAGUUAACGUUUUGUAAUUUGAAUAUUUUUUUACAUAUACACCGGCCAACGCCGUUUUCCAAUUUUCACAUAUUAUAUUGUUUGUUUUGUGUGUGAGUGUGUGUGUGUGUGUGUGUUAUUUUACGCGUAAAAGUGUUUGUGUAACACGGUGAAUUUGUUUGUUCUUUUUUAUCCCGGAUACACAAAUCUGCAUCCAUGUUUUAGGAUUUCCUGGAGGCCGCUAAAGUGAUUCGAAGUUGUCAUAAUACCAAAACGCCGAUUGCCAAUCAUGAAAAACUUAAAGGCAUUGUUUUUCGCGUUUGGACUGUUUAUGAACAAACGGUGCGUAUCGGAAAACGUGGAAGUCACCUAUCACGGAUUCAACAGCAAUACCAAUAAUAACAAAGUUGGCGAUCUAGCCAAAGAAGAAUCCAAAAACGGAUACUACGCUCCCGAAUACGACCAUGAACAAUAUUCAUAUCCGGCAUACCGUUUCGAGUACGGCGUCCAUGACCCCCACACGGGCGACAUAAAAAAGCAGUACGAGGAACGGGACGGCGACUCGGUGAGGGGCUACUACAGUCUGAUGGAGCCCGACGGUUCCAUUAGGCUUGUUGAGUAUACGGCCGACUCGAAGAACGGUUUCCAGGCGGUGGUCAAGAAGAUCGGUCACUCGAACCAUCCGACCACCGUGACGCAUCACCUCAACAACGGGCCGGAACACGGUGGCGGUGGCGGUGGCUAUGCGCCACAUUAUCACGGACAAAACUACCAGCAACAACCUGCCCAUUACGAACACAAUACGUCACCCCAACACUACCAACCACAGCCCACCCAAUACGAACCGGCGCCCCAACAACAUUACGAACCUGCUCCCCAACAACAUUACGAACCCGCUCCCCAACAACAUUACGAACCCGCUCACUACGAAUCUCCGCCACAGCAUCACCACUACGAGCCGCCGGUCGCACCGCCGACUUACCACCAUCAGGUGCCCGCCGUGCAUCCGACUUACUACCAUCCACCGGCCGGAAUCAAUUACGGAGGCGGCGGCAGUUACGGUGAUUACGACUCCGGUUACGCGGGUUACGGUUACGGCGGUGACGCGCCCACGCCUCACGGUGACUACGGCAGUGCUUCUCCCGAACAAUACCAUUCUUUGCCACUGCGCUUCCCGGCUGCGCCCGAACCGGCCACUCCGGCGUCCGAAGACAAUUUCGAAUGGCCGCCAUCGGCCGACGCAGCCCAGGACUACCGGUACUCCGGCGAUUCAGGAUCGGACGAAGUAUCGCCGAAAAACCAGAAAUACGAGAGGCCGGAAUACCUGCGAAAGUACUUUGAACAAGACUACGAAGGCCCGGGAAGUUAUUUCGACGAAUCGGAAUAGUAGACUAGACUCGGCUAUUACUCGAGAUUCCAAUCACGAAUUCACAUUUAAUGUUUUAAAAUAUAUUAUUUAUAUUCCAGCUGCUUUUGAUCCGUUAGAAAACCCAAAGCCUUAUAUAACGUAGUAUACUGUAUAUAGAUUGUUAUUAUACAAUUGUUUCAUAGAAAAAAAACAUGCUAUACCUACUACUAUGAUGGUCCAUACUAACUACAUUAUUUCAAAAUAAAACUGAAUAAAUACUUAAUAAAAUCUAUUAAA